AUGCAUGAGGCUGGCCCUGCCUGUGCAGUGAGCCUCUCCUGCCCAGGGAAUUCUGGGAAGUUACUCCCUUCAGGAGUUGUCAGUCAGCUCCUGUCCUUCGUUGAAGCCGCACGCCUCACCUCAGGGACAACAUCUCUCAACUUGACUGAUAGCGAUUCACCAGGCCGGGAAAUGGAAUCCACAGACUUCCAGGAUGAGGAGUCUCCUCCUAAAGAGGGGGCAGGAGAAGCAGGAGGAGAAGCAGGAGCAGCAGCAGCAGCAGCAGGAACAGCAGCAGGAGCAGGAGUAGGAGCUGCAGGAUCAGGAGUAGCAGUCGGAGCAGCAGCAGGGGCAGCAGCAGUAGCAGUAGCAGCAGCAGCAGCGGCAGCAGCAGCAGCAGCAGAAGCGGCUGCGGCGGCAGCAGCGGCGGCAGCAGCAGCGGCAGCAGCAGAAGCAGCAGCUGAAGCAGAAGCAGCAGCAGCAGCAGCAGAAACAGCAGAAGGAGGAGAAGAGGAAGAAGAAGAGGAAGAAGAGGAAGAAGAAGCAGAGCUGGACCCUCAGGCACCUGGCCGUGAACCUGGGCCUUUGCCAAGCCCCAAAGUGACCUUCAAAGGCUAUAGCUCCCGCUGGGGGAAGAGCGGCUUCUACUUCAAGUCUGGGCAGCGGUACCCUUCCUUCAAAUCCAUUGAAUUAAAAGAUGAUGAUCCCCAGGCCAUUAAGCAGGAGUUUGCCAAGAUUCGUCAGAAAGUGGAUGCCCUCCUGAACAGCCUGGAGAAAGAGCCAGACCCCCAGGUUGAGAUCCAAGAGAAGCCAGAGGGGGCUUCAGGCAGCAGCACCAGCACCAACACCAGCACCAGCACCAGUGACAGCACCAGCGCCAGCACCAGCACCAGCACCAGCACCGGCACUGGCCCUGGCACUGGCACCAGCACCAGUACCAGCACCAGCAGCAUCAGCAGCAUCAGCAGCAUCAGCAGCAUCAGCAGCAUUGCCAGCAGUGUCAGCACCAGCACCAGCAGCACCAGCACCAGCAGCACCGGUGCCAGCCCCAUUGUCAGAGCCAGAACCAGUGCCAGUGCCAGCGCCAGUGCCAGCACCAGCAGCACCAGUACCACCAGCAGCGGCAGCACCUCUGAUGAUCCCCCGGCCAACAGGAAGACUGAAGGCGGCAGCAAUGGUAGCAGCCCUGGAAACUAGAUGAGGAGGAGAGCUCCUGGAGGAGGUCAAGGCUGGGAGGACCAGCUGGGGUGGCUCAGAGACAAUGGAGAAGGGUGAGCAGCAGCAGCAGCAGCAGCAGUGCUCUCCAGCACCCUGGCGAGGGGAGAGCCUUGCGGCUCUCCCCUGGCCUCACCUUAACAUCAGGGCUCUUGUCCCAGAGUCACCCUCCCUAGGUCCUCUCCCUUGGGAGCUUCAAGUUCAUGUUCAAGUUAUCCCCAAUCUUUGCCUUUCAAGGCUCCCCAGAUCCCCUCUGCCUGCAGGGGGCCCGUUUUCCACCAAAUUUAUUUCAGGAAGUGGAUUAAAAUCCCUGUGUUUUCUCGUUUAACUUAGAAAGCCUGUUCUGCUUUGAAAAAAUAAUAAAAACAGUUCUCUUGUUC